GAGCGGGGCAGACCCCCCAAGGACACCGAGCAGAGGGCGGUGCGGGGAUGCCAGGCUCGGCCAAGGGACACCCGGGGCCAUGCAGGUGGGCAGGUGGUGGGAGGGCACCUUGAGGAAGGGCCGUGCCAAGCAGGGCGGCGGGGCUGGGCAAGCCGUGGGCACUGCCCGGUGCCCGGAGGAUGCCCGGAGCCGUGCCCGUGCCCACGCCGUGCCCGCGCCGUGCCCGUGGCUGCGCGCAGGGCGCCGCGCUUGGCAUCCCCGAGUCCCCCCGCCCGGCCCGCCCUGUCCGUCCCCCCGGGCUCCGGUUUCCCUGUCGGAGGCAGAUGCUUUCGCAGCCCUGUCCCUCCUCCUCCUUCUGCGGAGCAGCCUCCGCGCCGCGCUCCAGCCGCCCGGAGGUGCCUGCCCGGCCCAGCCCGGCCCGGCCCGGCACGGCCCGGCCCCGCCGGCCCCGGGCUGGCGGAGGGAGGCAGCGGGCACCCAGCCGCGGGGCCCCGGCCAGCCCCGCCGCCCUCCUCGGGGGGGCUCGGAGGGGGCUCGGCUCUCCUAGCCGCCCCCCAGCCCCUGGCAGGAUGUUGCCCCCCUCCCGGACCCAGCUGGGGCUCUUCUUCAUCCUCCUCUGCCCCGCCAACAUCAUCGGGCUCUGGUGGGCAGUGGGGAGCCCCCUGGUCAUGGACCCCAACAGCAUCUGCCGCAAGACGAAGCGGCUGGCGGGGAAGCAGGCGGAGCUGUGCCAGCUGGAGCCGGAGAUCGUGCAGGAGGUGGCCAAGGGCACCAAGCUGGGCGUGCGGGAGUGCCAGUACCAGUUCCGCUUCCGCCGCUGGAACUGCACCAGCCACAGCAAGUACUUCGGCAAGAUCCUGCAGCAGGACAUCCGAGAGACAGCCUUCGUGUACGCCAUCACGGCGGCCGGCGUCAGCCACGCCAUCACGCAGGCCUGCAGCAUGGGCGAGCUGCUGCAGUGCGGCUGCGAGCUGACCCGCAGCCGGGCCCCCCCCUCGCCCACGGCGGGGCCGGGCACCGAGGGCACGGCCUGGGAGUGGGGGGGCUGCGGGGACGACGUGCAGUUCGGCUACGAGAAGUCCCAGCAGUUCAUGGACGCCAAGAGCAAGAAAGGGAAAAACGACAUCCGCGCCCUCAUCGACCUGCACAACAACGAAGCCGGGCGCUUGGCGGUGCGCAGCUACAUGAGGACAGAGUGCAAAUGCCACGGGCUGUCGGGCUCCUGCACCCUGCGGACCUGCUGGCGGAAGAUGCCCCAUUUCCGCGAGGUGGGGGACCGCCUGCUGGAGCGCUUCAACGGCGCCUUCAAGGUGAUGGGGGGCAACGACGGCAAGACCCUCAUCCCGGUGGGGGACAACAUCAAGCCCCCCGACAAGCAGGACCUCAUCUACUCGGCCGACUCGCCCGACUUCUGCUCGGCCAACCGCAAGACGGGCUCGCUGGGCACGCGGGGCCGCGUCUGCAACAGCACGGCCAUGGACACGAGCGGCUGCGACCUGCUGUGCUGCGGGCGCGGGCACCGCGACGAGACCGUGGUGCUGGAGGAGAACUGCCUCUGCCGCUUCCACUGGUGCUGCGUGGUGCAGUGCCGCAAGUGCUCCGUCCGCCAGGAGCUCAGCCUCUGUGUCUGACGGCCUCCGCCGCCCCGCUGCCACCCCGCCGGGCCCCGUCGGGUGAGGACACUUCGGGGGCCACCCCCCGGGAUCGUGCCGCGGGCGUGCCGCAGCCCUGGGACAUGGAGAGGUGACCCGGUGGGUCCCGGAGAGCAGGCUGGGCUGGCGGAUGGCGAGCACAGCUCUGCGGGCGGGAUGUUCCCGCUGCCUGGGGAUCCUGCGGGGCUGCCCGGCAUCCCCCCGGCCCCUCAGGGGGGUUGCGGGUGCAGAGCUUCCACUAAUAAAGCUAUUUAAAGCCGG